GUUUAUAGUAAGUUCUACGCCAAAAAUAUAUUAAUCCAACGGCCAUUUUUUUUCACUAGCCGUUGAAUUUGAAAAGGCCCCGCCCCUGCUGUCUCCUCCUCUCCAAGACAAAUACCCGUUUAAUUCUCUCUCCCUUUUCACUACAACCAAGUCAAGGAGGAGGAAGAACUUUGUGAAUUAAAUGUGACAUUCUUGGAUUGGGGUUUUCUUGAAGGGAGAGGAAAAACAGAGCAAGAAAUAAAGAUAGAUACUUGAAGCUUUUUUUUUUCUCUUCUUUUCUGGGGUUGGUGUUUUUGAUUGUUCUGACUCGAUAUCAAGAUGGUUAUUUCAAAUCAGAACAAUCCUACACUGAUUAAACCCGGACAUUUACAAGGUGGUGGGGCUACUGAGAUGGUUGGCAGGAAGUUCGGGAUGGAGACGAGGCAAACUAGAAGAGCUUUAGGUGUGAUUAGUCAGAAUGUGGUUUCAGGCCAAUGCCAUCAAUAUCCCAGUGUUGCUGUUAAAAGAGGAUUAUCAGAAGACAAUGUGGGUUGUGGGAAGAACGCGCUGAAUCCAGUACAUAGGCCAAUCACCAGAAAACUUGCUGCUCAAAUUGCAACCUCAAAGCAAUCUGGUUUGGAGGAAGCUAAGAAGCCGAAAUUAUCAGCCCCGGAGGACUUCAGUAUAUGGGAAGAUAUCCCUUUGAAAGAUGAAGAUCAACCUGUGCCAAUGACUUUGGAACAAACAGAAGUAGUAUCUAAUGACAAAGAUCAGAUGGAGAUUGAAAUGGAAGAUAUAUUUGAAGACACAGUUGAAGAUAUUGACCGUGGUGAUGCAAAGAAUCAAUUGGCAGUUCCUGAUUAUGUGGAUGAUCUUUAUGCUUAUUACAGAAGAAUGGAGGGUUGUAGCUGCAUUUCACCAAAUUACAUGUCUCAGCAAUUUGACAUAAAUGAGAAAAUGAGAGCCAUUCUAAUGGACUGGCUUAUUGAGGUGCAUUACAAAUUUGAACUGAGGGAAGAGACACUAUUUCUAACAGUUAACAUAAUAGACAGAUUCUUAGAGAAACAAGGUGUAGUAAGAAAGAAGUUGCAGCUGGUUGGUUUGGUAGCUAUGCUCUUGGCAUGCAAAUACGAGGAAGUUUCGGUCCCAGUUGUGGAUGACUUGAUUUUUAUAUCAGACAAAGCUUAUACUAGGAAAGAAGUCCUCGAAAUGGAGAGUUUGAUGCUUAACACUAUACACUUCAACAUGUCAGUGCCAACUGCUUAUGUAUUCCUUAGAAGAUUCCUCAAGGCUGCUCAAUCUGAUCAGAAGCUUGAGCUAUUGUCAUUCUUCUUGAUCGAACUCUGCCUUGUGGAGUAUGAAAUGCUGAAAUAUCCACCAUCAUUUCUGGCUGCUGCUGCAAUCUACACAGCCCAGUGUACCAUUUAUGGUGUGGGGCAAUGGAGCAAGACUUGUGAAUGGCACAGCCAAUACUCUGAAAAUCAACUUCUGGAAUGCUCCACAUUGAUUGUGGGAUUUCACCAGAGAGCAGCAACAGGGAAACUGACUGGAGUGCACAGGAAGUACAGCACAUCAAAGUUUGGUUAUGCAGCAAAGUGUGAACCUGCACAUUUUCUUGUGGAAACAACAACAACAUCAUCACAGACAUGAUUUUUCAACAGGGGGCCAUGUAUAGUUUUACUCUAACUUCCAUGUGACUUCUGUAAGAAGAAGAGGAGUUAGGAAAGAAAAAAUAACUCCAGCAACUUGUGUUGCUAUUACACACCCUCUUCCUUAGCAUUGAUUUUUUCCCCUUUACAAUUUACAGUGACUGCAAGCAACCAUGGUUGUUAAAACUGUGCAGACAACUUUGGUGGUUGUUCAUUUUGUUAAUCUUGGUUACUAUUCUUUUUUCACUCCAUUGAACAUUUAAUGAAAAUAAGUUGUAUCAAUCUCGGGCUUCAAUUGAGAUCCUUCUAUUUCAUUUCAUACUGUUUUUUUUUUAAGAAUAAGUCCUUGUAUAC